UCUCUCUCUCUCUCUCUCUCUCUGUCUAGUCUACAAAGCGGGGGCCGCUUCGCACGUUCAUCUUCACUGCGGCAAUUCAUCGAACAAGUGCUGCGCACGCAACGGACUCGCGAAACUCACUCCCAAUGGCUUCUCACCCGGCCUCAGCCUCAUGAGCUCCGUCUUCGCCCGCGCCUCCCGCCGCCGCCGCAAUGCCGCACUUCUCUCCGGGGGUUUGUGCCGUUGCAAUGGGACUGAGAGCCCAGUGGGAAACCUUAUUAUGAUUGGUAGCACAAAGGACAUUGGAAUUUCAACAAGACAAGAAAUCUGUUUUCUGCCGUUGUUCUCACGGCAAUAUUCGUCCUCUGCAGGAUUUACCAGCGUGCAUGGUGAAGGGCCAUCUGCUGAGUAUGCAAAAUUGAGGAAGGAAUCAUUAGAAAGUGAAUUUGGCCUUGCUCUUGGAAUGUAUAGCUCCAGAAACUUCUCUACAGUUUAUCACUUCGGUCCCUUUUUAGCAUUGUACAGAGCAGCAAUUAUUUCAUUCCAUGUGUUGCGGUUAACCAUUUGGCAGUUUUUUGUCCAAGACACGAAGAAACGAGCCAUUAAGUUUCGUGAAACUCUUAUACGCUUGGGUCCAUUUUAUGUCAAGCUUGGUCAAGCUCUGAGCACGAGACCAGAUAUUUUGCCCAAAAUAUAUUGUCAGGAGCUGGCUAAGUUACAGGAUCAAAUACCACCAUUUUCAACUUCUGUUGCUUAUAAAUCUAUUGAGACCCAGUUGGGAGCACCUAUUUCAAAGAUUUUUUCUGACAUCAGUCCACAGCCAAUUGCAGCAGCAUCUUUAGGGCAGGUGUACAAAGCUCACCUUCUAUCUGGAGAGCUGGUUGCUGUUAAAGUACAAAGGCCUGGAAUGAUGCUUUCAUUGACUCUUGAUGCUCUUCUAUUCAAUAUGAUUGGUGGUCAGUUGAAGAGGUUUGCAAAGGCACGCAAAGAUCUUUUAGUAGCAGUCAAUGAAAUGGUUAGACACAUGUUUGACGAAAUUGACUAUGUUCUGGAGGGAAAAAAUGCAGAACGCUUUGCUUCUCUCUAUGGUUCUGUCCCAUUUGAUGACAAGAACAUGCAAUCAAAUGCUGCACUGAGGGAUUCCAAAUACAAAAAUACUAACUUGGUCAAGGUUCCAAAAAUAUAUUGGGAUUUUACUCGCAAAGCUGUUCUGACAAUGGAAUGGAUAGAUGGAAUUAAACUCACAGAUGAAGCUAGCCUGAAGGAAGCUUCUUUGAACAGAAGGAAACUCAUUGAUCAGGGAUUAUACUGCUCAUUAAGACAAUUGCUUGAAGCUGGAUUUUUCCAUGCUGACCCGCAUCCAGGGAACCUUGUUGCAACUUCCACUGGUUCUCUCGCCUAUUUUGAUUUUGGCAUGAUGGGAGACAUUCCUCGCCAUUAUCGUGUUGGACUAAUUCAAGUGCUUGUGCACUUCGUUAAUCGUGACUCUUUGGGUCUAGCAAAUGACUUUCUUUCUUUGGGAUUCAUUCCUGAAGGGGUUGAUGUACAAGCAGUUGCAGAUGCACUAAAAGCAUCCUUUGGUGGUGAGGGUAGCAGACUAUCUCAAGAUUUUCAGGGAAUAAUGAAUCAGCUGUAUGAUGUCAUGUAUGAAUUUAACUUUUCACUCCCACCAGACUAUGCCUUGGUGUUAAGAGCCCUAGGAUCGCUAGAAGGGACUGCAAAACUUCUAGACCCUGAUUUUAAAGUUGUUGAGAGUGCUUACCCUUUUGUUAUUGGGAGGCUUCUGGCAGACCCCAAUCCUGAUAUGAGAAGAAUUUUGCGGCAACUUGUCAUUCGGAAUGAUGGAUCUAUAAGGUGGAAUCGGUUGGAGCGACUGAUUGUAGCAAUAUCUGAACAGGCAUCUGAGUACGUGGAGGACUCCAAGAGCCUUGAAGAAACCUCAAACCCUCUGGGCUGGAAAUCUUUUGACAUGCGUGCUGUUGUUGCUGCUACUGAGGAUCUUUGGCUAUUUAUCCUCUCUGAAAAGGGUCUGAGGGUGCGCAUUUUCCUCCUUCGGGACAUAAUUAAAGCAGCAGAUACCUUUCUACUGAAUCAAGUAGGAGGUUGCUCAUUGUCUUAUGAGAAGGUCGAAGCUGUACAAUAUUCAGACUCGGAGGCUCAGGCUACGCUAGCAAGGGUAGCUCUUGGAUUCCGAUCUCUCGGUCAAGCAGUGAAUAUGGCCCCAGAAGUGUGGUCGGCCAUGUUUCUUCGAAUGGUAUUGAAGCCAGAGUUUCGUACAUUUAUUUUAGACAUCCUAUCUACAUUAUUUGUUCAUCUGAGUCAUAAAGCACCGGAGACUUACUGGAUUUGUAUAUCUUGGCUGAUUCAUAAAUUGAUUGACAACCCUCGUUGAGAUGUAGAUUGAUGAAGCAAAGCUUCUUCCCUGCCA